CCCGAGUUUGCUCCUCCUUCCCGUUCCCAGCAGUGGGAGGAGUACAGGGCAGUCCUGUUUUUGGUGGUCUGUUUUUGCUCUAGGGUGGUUGAGCAGGCACGCCAUGGCCGGCAAAGAGCAGGAUGAACUCCUAAAAGCCCGGAACCGUACUCUGAGCGCUUUCCGCGAAGAUGCGGAACAGGAAUGGAGAGCCCCUUUCUACUUCAUUCAAGGAGCGGAUCCUCAGUUUGGAUUGAUGAAAGCGUAUUCAAUUGGCGACUGCGACCAUGGAGGCGACGAAUGGGAAGAGGAGCUCAAACUAACACAGCAAGCAGUGCAAGCGAUUAACCAACUGAACCCCAAACCGAAAUUCUUCGUACUCUGCGGAGAUCUCAUACAUGGCAUGCCAGGGACACCCUGGCGGGAGGCACAAAUACAAGACUUGAAAAGCACCCUGAAGGGUGUCAGCAGCGACAUCCCCCUGGUCUUCGUCAGUGGGAACCACGACCUUGGAAACACGCCAACUCCUGAAACAAUUGAAGAUUAUUGCCAAAAGUGGGGUGACGAUUACUUCAGCUUCUGGGUCGGAGGGGUCUUCUUCCUUGUGCUGAACUCUCAGCUGUACUUUGAUGCUUCCAAGUGCUUGGAAUUAAAGCAGGCCCAGGAUGAGUGGCUCCAGCAGCAGCUUGCAAUGGCCGAAGCGAGAAAGUGCCGCCACGCUGUCGUCUUCCAGCACAUCCCUCUGUUCCUGAGAGAACCCGAUGAAGACCAUGACUACUUCAACCUGGAGAAGUCCAUUCGGCACGAGCUCUUGGAGAAGUUCCGCAAAGCAGGUGUCAAAGCAGUGUUUUCCGGGCACUACCACCGAAAUGCUGGGGGCUCCUACAAAAAUAUUGAAAUGGUUAUUUCGUCUGCCAUAGGGUGCCAGCUGGGAGAAGACACGCAUGGGCUAAGGGUGGUGGCUGUCACCCCUGAGAAGAUUGUUCACAAAUACUACAGUUUGAAUGAACUGAGCAAUCGAGAGGUCGAGAAAGACAUUGCAGCUUUGCUUAACCAAAACUAGCCAUUUCUUUCCUCUGCCAAAAUAUGGGGGGAGGGGCGCCUCUCCAGCUCAGGGUGAGGUAUCAGAACUGUGCAUUGUGUGAUUUCCUUUGUUGUUUUUUAAAAAAAGUUGGCCAUGGCAAAGAUUUCUCAUCAUAAUCAGAAAGCACCUGAACGUCGCAAAGUCAAACAGGCAGUCAGAGGGAUUAUAUUCACUUGUCAAGGGUGCGUAUAAAUUUAACUUGUGCUAUAAAAGUAGUGACAGCGCUAUUGAUUUUGUAAUUAAGGAGAUAUUCUGAGAAUGCGCUGUUCUUAGAAUAAACCACUUUUAUAGCAGCGCUUAAAUGCACUCGCGAAACAAACACACGGCACAACCGUCUACAUGACAGCCCAAUAAACAACAGGAGGCUGCAGGGAACCCAAAUGCCACGUUAAUGGAAGAAUGAAAGGGGUUUGCCCUCAGUUCAAAGCAAAUACUAGGUACACGUAUGCAAUUACAGGGCAGCUGUAAGAAGCUGGGAAAUAUUCUAUACCUGUUUCUAAUAAGGAAAGACACCUCUGACAUGUGCAAUUUGCCACAGGUCUAUCAUGCCUCACAGAGGCUCCAUCUCUCCUAUACGUUUAUAGCAGCAUUGGGCCACUUAGCAGUCAUGGCUUGCCCAAAGAAUCCUGGGAGCUGUAGUUUGUUCAGGGUGCUGGGAGUUGUCAGGAGACACACACCCCCCCCAAUUCCUCUAACAGAGCUACGGUUCCCAGAGUUCCCUGGGAAGAGGGAUUGGUUGUUAAACCACUCUGAGAAUUGUAUCUCCCUGCUAGGGAGGGAGUGUCUCCUCUAAGCACCCUUAACAAACUACAGUUCCCAGGAAUCUUUGGGGGGAGCCAUGACUGUUUAAAGUGGAACGGAGAGCAGGGUUGUCUCCGGGUUUUGAGGGCUUCCUGGCCUAGUGCCCUUGGGUGGCUUUCUUUGACAUCAGUGGGCUCCCCCUGGAAGUUAUAGCAGCAGCGACUUCCCACGCUUCACCUGUGUACCAUCACAGCAGUGGAUUGUGGGCAAUAUAAAAUGGUGGCUCGCCCAGGUGAGCUGCACCUGGGUGCCCUGUUCUGACCCCCAGGACCUUACGAGAGAGGGCAUUUCCUGGAUCUGGGGAAUCAUGUCUCAAGAGACAAUGCUCCACAGCCUUCCAUUUUAAAUGCUCACUUUAUGGCAUUUUUGCGUUGAUCGCUUGAGUAGGCCCUGCACGUGUGUGCAGUGCUCAACUGUAGGCACGAUUUGACACUGAUUCACCACCCAUGAAUCAGUCCUCUGAAAGGAAAUCAUUUAGAGCUUGCCAUUUCCACCUCGCUACAAACAAACCUAAAUCAGCGGUGAGCUAAUUUAACUGUUUGCAGCUUCAGCCAAGAAAUUCCGGGAAUUGUCGUUUGGUGAGAGUACUUAGAAUUCCAUUAGAGAGCCCUAAGUCAUUUUCAGAAAUACAAUUCAUGGUGCUCUGCCCUUUAAACCAAUGGAACAAUCAGUUUAAACCAUUUUUUUUUCUGGUUUCUCCUCCUCUUACACAUUUUGAUUUCUUAAAAGAAUGAAAUUGAACUCACACUCUGUGCUGGGGGCGGGGGAGUAUUUACUCAAUGAAGUAAUCGGGUUAAUUGAGGUCUUUUGAGUCCAGGGUUAUUUGUAGAUGGCUUAAUAAUCCUACCAAACUGGUGGGUGUGGGUGUGUGGGUUUUUUUUCACUUUUAUGGUUUAAUAGGUUUCUCGUGUUCCUAUGUGGGACCAGUCCACAUUUUAAAGGAUGGGUAUAUUCCUUAUUAAGGAAUAUAAUGUGUUGUGUCAGCACAAACCAUGUGUCUUUUGGGGCUCCCAGGCUUUCAAAAUGUGUGUAUGUAGGGAAUUCACAGACAAACGGUAUUACAAAUUGGUGUGAAAUCACUUUUCAAUGAAUAACAAAUCACCUUCCUGUGCUUUAUAAAAGCCUACAUUUGGUGUGUGCUUAUAUAAGUGCGGUUAUAAACCUGGAUGAUAUGUUAUCAAGUGAAAUGGCAACAUUAAGAAAGAAGACGACGUAUUUUUGAAAUGUAUACACGGCUACUUCAAGUGAUCAUUCCAAACUAAUUGUACCAUUUUAAAUUGAAUCCCUCAGAACACAAAUUGAAUAAAUGGAAUCACUAGCUCCGCCCAGAUGUUAAAGGCUUCCUAAAUUGAAGGGAGAGUGGGAUCUGUUCCUACAAUCCUGUCACCAAGACCAGGUGUUCUCCAUGGCAAAGAUCUGUAGAAGGAGUUCUGAAAUGCCCAGGGAAGCAAUUCUCGCUGCAGACCUUAUCCACUGUGGAGCAGAGACAGAGGACUUGGGGCCUUCCAGAGCUUGUUGGACUCCUAUUCCCAUCAGCCCCAGCCAGCUUAGCCAAUAGUGAGGGAUGAUGAGAGUUGGAGUUCAGUGACGCCUGGAGGGCCCAAGGUUUCCUCCAUGCUUGGUGGUCUUCAACUGGUGGGUUGGGACUCCAUAUUGGUUUGGAUCCUGAUGGAAGGAUGGGUUGAAACAGCCACAUGAUCAAGAUAAAAAUAGCGAUGGGGAGGAGAGAGAAUGGAGGGGAUAAAUGGUCCCCAAAUACAUAUUUGGAUUAAAAGUGUGUCCCAGGUCAGAAAAGUUUGAAGAUCACUGAUAUAGAGGUGAUUGGGAUGUGGCAGAGGGGGUGGUAUAACCCAGCAAAUCCUUCCUCUCCCCACAGAUAUUUCUAACACACAGGAGAGUUUUAGCCACUCAAGUGGGGUACUGUUUGAUCUUUUUUUAAUGUGAAUGAUAAGAAAUGUUCUUGUUUCUUUAGUUUCUUUCCCCUUUUCAGGGGGAUUUAGAAUGGUUGUUUGCCUGUUGGCCUUAAACCUGUUUGACCCCCUGAGUGGAAAACCAAUAAAAAAAAAUGAGGUGAGAAA